AUGGCUGCUGAUGUCCAGCCAAUUGCUCAGGUCAAACUACCUGCUCGACCCUCGUCCCUGACCCCAGAGCAGACAUACUGGCGGUCAUUCAAGUCUCCUCUGAACAUUGCCUCUCCCACAAAGCACGCCGUAACACACAUUUCCCAGCCGCAGCCAAAUUCCCCAGCCCAAAGCCCUCCCGACUUCUUUGUUGUCACGACCGGGGCCCGCGUGCAGCUAUACUCUCACAGAAGCCGGAAACUCCUCAAGACCAUUACACGAUUUGACGAUAUUGCCUACAGCGGCGAAGCGCGAUACGAUGGACGAGUCCUUGCGGCAGGCGAUGAGACUGGUGCCAUCCAGGUGUUUGAUGUCAACUCAAGAGCUAUAUUAAAGACCUGGAAAGAGCAGAAACAACCAGUGCACACGGUGAGAUGGAGUCCUAAGGAGACCACCGCGUUGAUGAGCUGCGGAGACGACAGAACCGUCAGACUUUGGGAUCUUCCAAGCGAGUCCAGCGUGGAGACAUUCCGCGGCCACCAAGACUACGUGCGAACCGGCUCUUUUCUCCCGGGCCAGUCGAGUAAUCUGAUUGUGUCCGGUAGCUAUGAUCAGACUGUCAGGCUCUGGGACCCUCGUACACCAAAUGCUGCGGUCAUGACCUUCAAACAUAUCGCUGCGGUAGAAGAUGUCUUAUGCAUGCCAUCAGGGGCAACCAUCUUGGCAUCGGCUGAGAACCAGAUUGCGGUAUUGGAUAUUGUGGCGGCAAGGCCGUUGCAGGUGAUCAGGAAUCACCAAAAGACCGUGACAUCAUUAUGCCUGGCAUCUAAUGGAUCAAGGGUAGUCAGUGGUGGGCUCGACGGCCAUCUGAAAGUCUUUGAAACUACGGGGUGGAACGUCGUCGCCGGUUCCAAAUACCCGGCUGGGAUCCUUGCUCUAUCUGUUAUUGCGGCCGGAAAUCCCCGAGAAGACCAGCAUGUUGUAGUGGGAAUGUCUACCGGCCAGCUCAGCAUCAGAACACGCCUCUCAGGGGAGCAGAGAGUGAAAGAGCGGGAAAGGCAAAAACAAAUGGAAGCGUUGAUUGCAGGGACAAUCGAAGAAUAUGAUAAGAAGAGGGCAAAAAAGCGUCCGAGGGGGUUCGAAAAGCGGCUUAGAGGACGUGACUACGCCGGCGAAGAUGCUGACAUCAUUGUGGAAGGAAACGUGCGACCGAAACAGAAGAAGCUGGCUUUGUGGGAAAAAGAACUGCAUAAAGGCAGAUAUCGCGAGGCUUUGGAUAUUGCGCUGAAAGGCGCAGACAGGCUGACAAUAGUCACACUGCUUAACGCUCUCCGCUAUCGAUCUGCGCUGCGUGCCGCCCUCGAAGACCGCGCCGAAUCAGACCUGCAGCCCAUCAUGCACUGGAUAUGGAGGAACAUCUCCAAUACAGCAUUUGUUUCCUUGUGCGUGGAAGUUGCCCUGAACAUCAUGGAUCUGUAUUCGAAGCACUCGUUCGAAAGCGAGGACCUUGCAAAGCACCUCAAGAAGUUGCGCGACCGAGUCCACGAAGAGACGGAUCGGGCACAGCAAGCGGGAAUAACAAGAGGGAUGUUGGAGCUUUUGACUUCACAGCACACUGGCUGA